AAUUUUCGACUGUUAAAUAAUGGCACGGUGACAGACACAGUUUCAACACGGGGAUUGCAGUCGCGCUUCUCUGGUGGAUAACCCAUACUCCUCGCUCUAUCAGGGCCACUUCACAAAUUCCGCAUCUACAGAUAUCGCGGCUUCAUCCAUCGAUAUUCGCACUUUUGCAGGAUCUGUAAAUCUCAUGGCGUCUAAGCGUAAAGAUCGCGAACUGUCUGAAGAUGCUCCUCCGGCAAAGAAAUCGCACCUGAGCAAGAGCCAUGGUGUCUCGAAGAAGGGUGCCCCAACUCCCAGAAAGGACCGUGUUGUCCUUUCUGUCAAUGAGCUGAAGAGGAGGAUUCGCGAUGUCAAGCGCCUCCUCGAUAGAGUCGACCUCCCCCCGGAAGGAAGAAUCACACAGGAGAGAGCCCUGAUCGGAUACCAGAGGGACCUGGAGUCGGAGAUGGCGAAGCGCAAACGAUCUGAAAUGAUCAAAAAAUAUCAUUUUGUCAGGUUCCUGGAAAGAAAAACUGCUACCAAGGAACUCAAGAAGCUCCAGCGACGCGAACGCGAGAUCUCGGAAUCUGACUCCCCGACCAAGAAGGAAGAUCUGAAACUGCUCGCCUCACGGAUCCACACCGCACGGGUCAACUUAAAUUACACCAUCUACUCUCCACUUACGGAGAAGUAUAUCUCCCUCUACCCCGACAAGAAAAAGAAGAACAAGGAUCGUGACUCUGGGAAUGAUGCGAAUUCCGACUCCGACUCCCAGAAAGGCGACAAGAGAUCAAGGUCCGAGUCGCAACAGCCUCAGGAGUAUACUAUCCAGACGAACGACUCGGGAGAAAAGCCUCCACUGUGGUACGUAGUGGAGAAGUGCAUGGCAGACGGAACGCUCGAUCUGCUCCGCGAAGGGAAGUUGAACAUUGGUGCCGAUGGGAAAGAGAGUACUACCGUCACCGAGCUGGCAAGUGCAAACCGGUCUGUUCCAACUCAAAAACCAAGUAAGGAGGAGAAACAGAAGAAGGAGAAGUCAAAGACAGAGAAGAUUAGGGCGGACUCCAGGAAAACAUCUCAGCGCGGCGGAGAGAGCGAUGAGGACAGUGAUGGUGGUUUCUUCGAGGAAUAAGCGUCAGCUUUCACAUGGAUUCUUAUAUAGAGCCAUUGAAUGGCCCAGCUUGCUCCCUCGCGGGCAGUUCGACAGCCAUAAUCCGUACCGCUUGUCUUGACAAGCGAUGAACAUACAUACAUACAUACGACAUAGCGACCACAAUCACAUGAUACCCGACUACAUCAUUAUAGAACUAUUGCAGUGGACAGUCUCUCAGCGCUGCAGGCUGGUUUUGAUGAGUGUUGCGUUCCAAAACAAGAGAAGCUUUGAUCAUAUCUUCGCAUGGGAUAACUAAUUUCAGCCUGUCUCAUCGUAUUUUCUUACUCUAUCUUGGACGCCUACUAUAGCCGUCCCCGUGUGGACAUACUUAGCUGUCCCAGUCGUCAAGUAGUUAUCAGACGUUCCCCACCUAAUAUUCACAUCUUCAUCC